AUGAGCUUUAGUCGGACAGCUCUCUUUGUCGACGACAAGAUCUCUCAAGCUGCAGUUCCCGAAGACUACUCAAUCCGCCCACUCAAGCAAGACGACCAUGAACGCGGCUACUUGACUAUCCUAGAUGCUCUCGUGCCAGCACAAGCUCCCUUGAGCAAAGAGGCAUUCACAAAACGCUUUCAGGAGCUUCGACAAGCCAAUCAAGUCUGGCUCAACACCCUCGUCCUCGUCAUUCUCGACCGUGACGACCAAGUCGCUGCAACAGGCACGCUGCUUGUGGAGCGUAAGUUCUUGCGUGCCGGAGCUAUCGCAGGCCACAUUGAGGAUGUCGCCGUACGCCCUGAUCAGCAAGGCAAAGGCUUUGGUCGCGUGCUUAUCGACGCGUUGACGAAGCUUGCUGAGCGACAAGGAUGCUACAAGGUGAUUCUAGAUUGUGACGAGAAGAACGUCGCAUUCUAUGAGAAGUGCACAUAUGAAAGAGCUGGUAUAGAGAUGAAGAAGUACUUUUGA